ACACCUAGCGCCGCAGCCCAGAGGGAACCCGGAGAUCCCGAGGCAGGCGAGCUCCCCGCGCCGCGCCCGCUCCGAGCCGGGCCGGGUCUGCGAGCGCAGUGCCCACUCCCGCGUGUCCCCUCCUCUCCCCCUCCAGUCUGCAGCUCCAGCCGAGUUACCCCAGAGACCGCGACGCUGCCGCUCAGAGGAACCAAUGAGAACCCCGCUGCUGCUGCUCGCACCCGUGGUGCUGUGGCUCUUGAUCUUGGGCUCAGCUCAUUGUGCUGCUGGAUUGGAGGUCAAUGACACCUCCUCAGAGAGAGAAUCAUUCUCUAGGGACCACAGUGCUAAUGGAUUCGAGGUUACCAAAAGAAAUGAAAUGUCCACAGGAAGCAAAAUUUCCCCUGUGAGCCAAGUGCCUUCUAGUAGUGAACUAUCCUCAGGGAUUGACUAUGACUAUUCAGAAGAGUAUGAUAAUGAACCACAAAUAUCUGGCUAUAUUGUAGAUGAUUCAGUCAGAGUUGAACAGGUAGUUAAGCCCAAGAAAAACAAAACAGAAAGUGAAAAGACUUCAGAAAAUCCCAAAAGAAAGAAAAAGGGAGGCAAAAAUAGGAAAAAUAGAAAAAACAGAAAGAAGAAAAAUCCAUGUGAUGCAGAAUUUCAAAAUUUCUGCAUUCAUGGAGAAUGCAAAUAUAUACAGCACCUGGAUGCAGUAACAUGUAUAUGUCAUCAGGAUUACUUUGGUGAACGGUGUGGCGAAAAGUCCAUGAAAACUCAUAGCAUGGUUGAUGGUGAUUUAUCUAAAAUUGCUUUUGCAGCCAUAGCUGCCUUUGUCUCAGCUGUGAGCUUCACAGCUAUUGCUGUUUUAAUUACAAUCCUGCUUCGGAGACGAUACUUAAGGGAAUAUAAAGGAGAAGCUGAAGAGCGAAAGAAACUUCGACAAGAACAUGGAAAUACUCAUGUCAUAGCAUAACUGAAGAUGGUAUUACAGAGUAUCAGACCAGAGUCACUGCCAGGAUAUGACCAUAAGUGAUGAGUUGCUCCCUCUUUUUAGUGGACUAUCAGAGCACAGAAUAUUUGUUCUGAUGGCUUUAAACUAUCAAUGGUCACUUUUUAUGCUGUCUUAUUUCUGUACAUAAAGAUGCAUGGAGAUAAAAAGUA